ACGUUCUGCACCGUCCGAACAACAUCACCAUGGUCGAAACAUCACCGUCAAAGACUCGCAUAUCGUGGACUGCAUCAAACACCCCUUGUGGAGCUACGAUUGCGUAUGACGUCGAGGUGUGUGCGGCAUACGAAACAUGCGUCACAGGCUCGAGUGGCAAGCUCUGCACGACGCAUCGAACCCGAAAUUCUUGGCUCGUCUUCAACAGUACUGUUAGCACCUCGUACUGCAUUCAAGUCACUGCGAUGGCGCAGCGUGGGGAGGAUGCACUCACCAGUACGCCAACAUUCAAGGAAAUCGUUACACCUCUAUUUGCUCCUGGAGACUUCGAGGUCACAGUGAGCGCCAUCAAUUCUUCGUCAGUUGUGUUGGCCGUCUCGGUACCGCUAAUAAAGAAUGGUGCCCUGGACCUUUGCUACCUAACCUACAACCACACCGGCGGUGGACGUAGCUUCAGCUGCAAUGAUCACCGGGGCAACGCAUCGACUGUGAAGGUCGAAGGACUGAAGCCAAAAACAGAUUACGCUUUCACGGUCACUUUUGUUAACAAACAUGGUGGCCGGGAGGUCGGUACUCAGAAGAUCAUCUCCGUUACGACUUUUGCUCCAUUGAAAGGUCACAACAACCCGACGGAUAACGUGGAAAUUUGGCUUGUUUUGGCCUUGAUCGCUUUCAUCCCGCUGAAGCCAGACAAUCGGCCACGCAGACGGCGUAGCAGGCGAAGACGUUAGCACAGCAAGGAGUUGAAAUGUAAACCUUUGUUUCUUAAUGAGUCCUGAAAUAAAAAAAUCAACGUUUCGCAGUA